AUGUCGCGCCGAUCAGGGAUUCCUCACUCGAGAGAAGAAUUGCAGGGCUACUAUGAGCCCGUCAACGCUACUUGGACGGGUGUUGAAACACCGGCAUACCAAACCUCCUUCAUGGGAGUACCUCCAUCUCCUUAUUGCACUGAGCCUAUUGUCCCGCAUCCAGCCAUCCUCACGCCCAUCUCCCUCCCAGAUAGUUCGUUCCGUCCGAGCCCAGCACUCAGUCACCACUCCCAAGAAUAUGCAACCCAAGAUUAUCAGUAUAACAUCAACGAUCAAAUUCAACCACAGGGCUUGGGCAUCACGGCACAAUUCCCUAGCGAAUAUCCCCGGACAACGGCUCCGGUCGCUAACUAUGCCUACGCUCCAACUGACAUACCUUAUGGCAUGGGCUAUACGCCCAAUAUGUCGCCUUUGGCUCCAGCACCGAAGCGCAUGAAGCGCACUUCAUCAGAUAUGAGAACUCCAUCCCGCGACACUCGCACUCCCCUUAGCAUCCUACCCGACCCGGAAGGCGUGGAGCGCCUAGAGCGCGAGCGUAGCCAAAGCACGCCCGCUCCAGCACCAAUGCCGCCGAAGCCUCGUGCACCAGGUCGUGGCCGCCGAGACCCUAAUGCAGAAGAAGAAGAUGCUUUUGUUGAGGACUUGCGCGAGCAGAAUGUGUCAUGGAAGAGAGUGCGACAGAUGUUCUUCGAGCGGUUUAAUCAAGAUGCCAGCGAGGCGCGCCUGCAAAUGCGAUUAAAUCGUCGGCUCAAGCUUAAGCAACAUGCGCGCUGGGAUGAGAAGGAUGUUCAACUGCUGCUCUCCGCUUCCGAUAUGUGGGAGAUCGAGAGGUCCCAGUUCAUCGCUGAAAAAAUGAAAGAACUGGGCUCAACAAAAGGAUACACGCCCGAUCAAUGCAAAGCUAAACUACGACACCUCGAGGCUAAACAACGACACGCAACCUCGGGCAGCACAUCUCCUUCAGAAAUAUCCGAUCGAGGCGAAUCACCCCUUAAUCCUCCACCAACAUCACGGAAGCGAGCCCGCCAGGAAUUUGAAGAUUGA